GUUUGGCUAUUCCAUCUCAAUUACCUUUCCAGGAUAAUUUGAUCAAGGUCACAAGUACUGCCCCCAUAUUGAGCCAUGGGGGUUUCCUCUGUUCUUGUUUCGCUUCUCCAAAUAUUUCGAGCUCAACAAACCAAAAGCAAAGAUGGUAGGCAAGGCAGAUGUUUUGAUAGGGCCGUCAAUAUGUCGAGAAAUAAAAGAAUAAUUGAUGGCUGUAAGAAUAAACUGAAAGAAAGCACAAGCAAAUCCAAUGGUCUCUCAGAGGGUACCGAAAGGCUUGUCAGUUCGUGGACAAUAAAACCAAGCCUCUGUUUGCCUCAAAAUGAUUUUGAUCUUGCUCAAAUACAACAUCAACAUCUCCAACAAUUAGUCUCUUCCGUUUUUUGGACGAAGGUAGCAACCAUUGCCAGUUACCACUUCUAUUUCCUGUCUGCCCGAAUCUGCUUCAACAACAUUAGCAGUCGCUGGCAUUCCUAUCUGUUCUUCGUAAUUUUCGUUGUUGGAGUUUGCUUCAAGAACAUUCAGCCGUUUCUCGUUAUAGUCGCUGCCAACAUUUGUUUCAUCAGCAUUCUGAAGUAGCCUUUGCCAAUAUUCGCGGUGGUUGAUGGCUGGUCCUCCAAGCAGACAUCUCCAUUCCGGUUUUAGAUUAGCGUUGAAGCGGCUGUCCAAGGUACGUCUUUCAACAGAUACGUAUUUCAAGGUACGUUUUUCAAGAAGAAACCGUUGUAUCUCCUUAUAGAGGUUGGAGUUGAUCAGGUUCAUGGUGAUCGUUUGUCUUGCUAUGACUACAAAGAAUUUACGUAGGUGAUAUGCGCAGGGAGUCAAAUUCACCUAGCAAAAAUGAAUUUGCUCAUCUGAUUCUUGUUCUUCCCCUGACUUUCAGGAAAAUUUAGUCUAGAAAAAUGGAAGUGAAACGCACUUACCCGGAAAAAGAGGAGAGUGAAAAGCAGCUACCUGGAAAAAGAGAGGAGAGAAACUUCCUUUUCACAAUUUCAGUAAGAUAGAAACAUCCAUCUUGUCUUGUUGCUUUAAAAUCUUCUCUCUGUGGAGUUUCAUGGAACGUAUCCAAUCAAGCCAACGCCUUGGGGGCUGGGGUUUGGGGGACUUAGAGUGGGGGACCCGUUAAAAAUGUGUUAGCGUUUUACGAUAAGAAAAACUUGCCUUUCUCCAUUUCAGCAUGAUAGUAACAUCUAUCUUCUUGCUUUAAAAUCUUGUCUCUGUUGAAGCACACACGAUAAGCCCAACGUAACAGGCGGUAGGAGCUUUUAGCUCGAGACGUGCCAUAUGAGCCAGGGAAGGAUGACUAGGAAUGGUCGGAUUGCCCUGUUUCUUUGGCUUUCUCUGGGGCAGAGUGGGCCGAAAUAGAAUGAGAUAUGCUACCCGCGGUUUUAACAGUACAAUUUGGAUAUUAUUCUAUCAAAUGUUUUUUUAAGCACUCAACAGUAAAAUUACAUGUGACCAACAUAAUUCAGCCAAUAGUUGAUCCAAGUUAAAAGAACAUUACACUUCUCUGAAAAUUUUCAUUUCCUAGAAGUGCCC